GUAGCUUAGAAAAUAAUUUUUUUAAAAAUGCGAGUUCGACCGGAAGGAGUAUUUAAAAUGCAUAGUGAAGACGAUGAUUACAAUCUUCCAUUAGCGUUCCAUCAACGUUGUCAUGAACAGCGUAUCCAAGGUUUUCUUACAGAACUGAAAAACUGGCGAUUAAAGGAGCGAAUGAAAACAGUUUCAGUGGCUCUUGUUUUAUGUCUCAAUGUGGGUGUUGAUCCACCUGACCUUGUAAAAACAGAUCCUUGUGCUCGAACGGAAUGUUGGUUUGACCCAACUUCAGUAGCACCACAGAAAGCACUUGAACUUAUUGGAUCAUCAUUACAAAAGCAAUAUGAGCGUUGGCAGCCAAAAGCUCGUUAUAAGCAGUCAUUAGAUCCAACAGUUGAAGAUGUGAAGAAGUUAUGCAUGUCACUUCGUCGCAAUGCAAAAGAAGAACGUGUUUUAUUUCAUUACAAUGGCCACGGUGUUCCUAGACCAACCAGAAAUGGUGAAAUUUGGGUGUUCAAUCGCACCUAUACACAAUAUAUCCCUUUAUCGAUCUAUGACUUGCAAACAUGGAUGGGAGCACCCUCAAUUUAUGUUUGGGAUUGCUCAAAUGCAGGAGUUAUUGUAAAUUCAUUCAAUAAUUUUGCAGAGCAACAUGAGCUAGAGCAACAAGCAAAUGCGCAACAACAGACAACAAAUCGAGGGUCUUCUCCACCUGGAUCGUCGCAAACAGGAUCAUCAUCGAUAUCAAAUCAAUCAUAUAAAAAUUGUAUUCAACUUGCAGCAUGCGCUUCUGAUCAGAUCCUGCCAAUGAAUCCUGAUUUGCCUGCUGAUUUGUUUACCUCUUGUCUCACCACACCAAUUAAAACUGCCUUAAAAUGGUUCUCAAUGCGCUCGACUUCACGACUUGUCCCACACGUUACGAAUGAAAUGAUCGAGAAUAUUCCAGGAGUUCUAAAUGAUCGUAGAACAAUGCUAGGUGAACUUAAUUGGAUUUUUACAGCAAUUACAGAUACCAUCGCUUGGAAUACGUUACCACGUGAACUUUUUCAAACACUUUUUCGACAAGAUCUUCUUGUUGCCAGUUUAUUUAGGAAUUUUUUAUUGGCUGAUCGCAUUCUUCGCUCAUAUGAUUGUACACCAGUGUCUUCACCUGGUCUACCUCAUACUUUUCGUCAUCCAAUGUGGGCAGCAUGGGAUUUAGCAUUAGACGUCGCACUUUCUCAGUUACCAGAUAUUCUCGCCACCAAGAAAAAUUAUUCAAAUUCUCCAUUUUUCGAAGAACAAUUGACGGCGUUUCAAGUUUGGUUGGAAGGAAAUCCUGAUCAAAGUUAUCCUCCAGAACAACUACCAAUUGUUUUGCAAGUUUUACUUUCGCAAGCUCAUAGAAUUCGAGCGCUUGAGUUGCUCGAAAAAUUUCUGGAUAUCGGUGGAUGGGCUGUAAAUCUUGCAUUAAAUGUCGGGAUAUUUCCUUAUGUACUUCGUCUUCUUCAGAGUCCCGCUGUAGAGUUGAGGCCUUAUUUAGUGUUCAUUUGGGCAAAGAUUUUGGCUGUAGAUUAUACCUGUCAAGUUGAUAUUGUUCGAGAAUCGGUUGAUUCCUAUUUUCUCAAUGCUCUUCAAGACACAACACUCGUUUUUAAUCAGUUUGAUUGCCGAACGUUUGCUGCAUUUGUUCUUGCAAGUAUCGUAUUUAAGUUUGAGCAAGGACAAGCCAAUGCUUUGAAAGGACAACUUGUUUCGAUUUGCUUAGAGCAGAUCAACGAUCCAAAUCCUAUUCUAAGAAAAUGGUUUGCAAUUUGUCUUGGAAAUUUAUGGCAAAACUAUGAAGAUGCUCGUUGGUCUGGAGCUAGAGAUUUAGCUUACGAAAAACUAUACACCUUACUAAAGGAUCCUGUACCUGAAGUCAGAGCAGCAACAGUUUAUGCUUUGGGAACAUUCAUCAGUUCAACUCUUGUCAGAACAACACAAGCUAAUGAUUUGGAUCGUCAAAUUGCUAUGCAUUUGUUGGAAUGUGUAUCAAGUGACAUGAGUCCUAUUGUUCGAAUGGAGCUUGUUGCGGCCCUUCAAUGGAUUGUUAAGCUCUUCGACAACUAUUUUGUUGAAGUUUGUCUACGUGAAAAUCCGCAAUUUAAUGCCAACAACAUUACACAGGAAAUUCAUCAACGAGAAGGUUCAUGGAAGAAAAGUAGUAGUGGUAAUAACAGCUUGAAAAUGAAGACAGUUCUUAGUGAAAAGAACUUGCAAUUGAUGACAGUUGAUCGAAUUUUCUCACAUUGUCCAGGAAUAAUCCAAACCAGCAGUUAUAGUUCAAUCUAUUCAAAGCUUUGGAAUGGUAUUUUAAAUUUAUCACGUGAUCCAUGUCCAGAAGUUGCACUUAUGGGAGGCAAAGUGGUCGAGCAUAUUCGUCAAAUGGCUAUAGAAAUGGCACCAACAAUUGCAAUGAUUCCACUUGGAAAAGAAGUUAUUUGUGAUAGAAUUUCAUCAACAUCAGGUGGAUCGAGUAGUUAUAGUCUUCCACCAUCACCAAAUACAAGAAAUUUAAGUCAUAUUAUGCAUAAUUCACAUUCAGGUUCAACAGCUAGACUAAAUACGAGUGAAUCAUCAGGAGGCGGAGGUAGUGGUAAUGAUGGGCCGUUAAAUCGUGAUAAACCACAUAAACUUCGGGUUCCUAUUGUGAAGACAAAUUUUGUUGAAUGGGAAAUCAAUUCAAUGGCGCGUCCACUUAAGUACCAUACAAAUUCAAAAGCUGCCAAAAAUGACCAGUUUGCUCAAGAAACGAUGGAAAGAAAAAUGAGGUUCACGAGGAAUGCUAGGAUUCGUAAGGAAGCUCUAGACCAACAUCGACUUGCCAUCUUUCAUAAUCUUAAAACUCAAAGUUUCAUUGGUAAAACUUCAAUGACACCUUCAAUUGUUAAACUUCAUCCUUAUGAGCAACAAAUUGCAGUCGCAUAUCUUGAUCGAAUAAUGCUUAAUGAUUGGGCUUUAAAUAUAUCAACAUCAUUGUCACCAAUGCAAUUAAGUUCCUCGAUUUACAGUCAAAAUUCAACAACAACUCAAACAACGCCAAGUUCUGGAAAAAAACAUUCUGUUACAUCCCCCCCAUCGUCAUCGAUCCGUGUCUCAAGCAUCCAAUUUGUCAAUGCUCAUGAUCGUGGGCUUAUUUUAGCAGGAUAUGAUGAUGGAAGUGUAAGAAUAUGGAAGAAUAAUAACAGUAAUCAGCAAAGUGGCAAAUCAUUAGUUCUUAACAGUAAUCUUGUAACAGCAUUUCAAGCACUUGAUGAUCAACCAUUGAGAAGUUCAAGAAUUUUUGGUUUACAAACUGCUUGGCAUCAAAGUACACAGACAGUAAUAGCUGGUGGUGAAUCUAAGCUUUUGCGAUUAUGGGAUGCAGAGCGAGAGUUAAAAGUUCUCGAUAUUCCAACUGGCUCGGAUUUUCCUGUUUCUCACAUCAGUUGUGCACCGAAUGCUCUUUUCGCAGUUGGGUUUGGCGACGGCUGUAUUCAAAUCUACGAUCGUCGGGCACAGCCAAAUGAAAAUAAAAUUAUGACUUAUCGUGAGCAUAGUCAAUCACUUUUGGCCAUUACAUUGAGGAACGAUUGUGAGAGUUUAGUGUCAGGAAGCUCAAAUGGCGAUAUAAGAUUAUUCGACAUAAGAAAUCGGACUUCAGUUCAAAAUUGGUCAGCUGGGAAUGAUAUUACAUCAAUUUCCAUUCAUGCAAGUGCAGAUAUCAUUGCAUGUGCUGGACAAUACAUUUCUAUUCAUGGACUCGAUGGAGCUCAAAUUAGCUCAAUUCAAUGUCAUGAAGGCUUCAUGGGAUCGAGAAUCGGACACACUUCAUGUUUAUCGUUCCAUCAUCAUAAAGUUAGCCUUGCAGCAGGCUUUGUCGAUAAUUAUGUAUGCGUUUUUACUGUUCAAAAUGAAAAAUAAGUUUCGAAUGGAAUAAUAAUAAACGCUGUGUUUUCAUUUGUCGUAAAGUAAACAAAGGGAAAAGUAGAACAGUUCAUUUUGCUCUUAAGAUUUUUUUAAGAAGCUUUGUAUUGUAAUAAAAUUUGAAUUAUUUUAACCAAGACUAUCGAAAAAUUGAAAUAAAGGAUAAUUAG